AUGCCUUCCUGCGACGCCACACCAGCUGCAAGUGCCUUCCUUGGCGCAGGAGGUGGUCUCAACCUCCUAUCCCCCCACCUCUCAGCCGCCGCAGCUCAUUUGCUCUGGGCAGAGCCAUGGGGCCCUCCCUGCCUCCACCAGGCGCACACGGACUCCCCCAGCUCCUCUGGCCGCCAGACCAGGGAGGCAGCUUUCGCCAGUUCCUGCCUCAGGAUGGGGCUCCCCGGCGAGCUGGGGGCCCCAGGCCUCCCACAUCCUGACGUGUCCUCUCUCCUCCCCCACAGGCCCCCCAUCCGCCCCCUCCCCCACCUGCACACUUUAUAA